GGGCAUCGUAUGCACUGACAGCACCAAAUUAUACGCCCAGACCUCAACGCAUAAAAUCCGCUUCCUUUGCACGUCACGCGACCCACGCACUCGCACUCAUCGGCCACGCGCACUGCCUGCUACCCAGGAAACAAGCACAUUUAACAUUCCUGCGACAAAUCAGAGACCAUGGCCUCAGUUUUGGAAAAGUUGAUCACUCCUCUGGCCAGUGGCCCUGCAGAGCCCCCCAGGAACAAAGUGACCGUUGUUGGUGUGGGCCAGGUGGGCAUGGCAUGUGCUGUCAGCAUCUUGCUUAGGGAGUUGGCAGAUGAACUGGCUCUGGUGGAUGUUGUAGAGGAUAGACUGAGAGGAGAGAUGUUGGAUCUGCAACACGGCAGUCUUUUCCUCAAGACCCACAAGAUUGUAGCUGACAAGGACUACUCCGUGACCGCCAACUCUCGCAUUGUCAUCGUGAGUGCCGGCGUGCGUCAGCAGGAGGGUGAGAGCAGGUUGAAUCUGGUGCAGAGAAACGUUAACAUUUUCAAACACAUCAUCCCUCAAAUUGUCAAAUACAGCCCUAACUGCACCAUCGUCGUCGUGUCCAAUCCAGUGGAUAUUCUGACCUACGUUACCUGGAAACUGAGCGGCCUGCCAAAGCACCGCGUCAUCGGCAGCGGAACCAACCUGGAUUCUGCCCGCUUCCGUUUUAUGAUGGCGGAGAAACUGGGCAUCCACUCCAGCAGCUUUAAUGGCUACAUCCUGGGAGAGCACGGCGACUCCAGUGUGCCUGUGUGGAGUGGAGCAAAUGUGGCUGGAGUGAGCCUGCAGAAACUCAACCCAGACAUCGGCACAAGCAAGGACAGUGAGAACUACAAAGACGUUCACAAAAUGGUCGUGGACAGUGCGUAUGAGGUGAUCAAACUGAAGGGAUACACCAACUGGGCUAUUGGCCUUAGUGUAGCUGACCUGACCGAGACCCUGGUAAAGAACUUGAGCAGGGUCCACCCUGUUUCCACCAUGGUAAAGGGCAUGUACGGUAUCAAUGAUGAGGUGUACCUUAGCCUCCCAUGCGUGCUCAACAGCAGUGGUGUGGGCAGCGUCAUCAACAUGACCCUGAACGACGGAGAGAUCGCUCAGCUCAAGAAGAGUGCCGACACCCUCUGGGGCAUCCAGAAAGACCUGAAGGACCUGUAGAUCAAGCAUGGGGAACCAAAUACACACUCCUAUCCAUAACUUUCUGAGUCACUCACUAAAAGGAUCUGUUCUCAGUUGUUUUGUUUUACACGGUGGUCCUGUUUUUCCUGAUAAAAUGAUUAAUAGAAUGAUCAAAGGACAACGUGUCUAGUUCUUCACUUUCGCACCUGUUAACUUUAUUGUGUGGGCACAUGCGCCGUUUCUCAUCGACAUAAUGUCGUGAGCUCAUUAGGGAAAGUUUCAGUAUGCGUUUCUCUGUUUAAGUCAAGUGGGGAAGAAAUAUGAAUUCAUUCUUAAUCAUAUUGUAAGUAGCAGUCAUCACCUAAUAAAUAAAACCUGUUCAAACCUGAA